UCAAUUCCGACUGUAUUUGCGCUAAUUAGAAAGAAAGAAACAGAGAGAUUGAUCAUUUCUUUGAUACGAUUUUUCAGGAGAUCGUGAGAGAGGUGAAAAUUAAGAUUUAAAAAACAAUGGCAGAUUAUCAUAUGCAACCGGUUCUUCAAAAACCCCCAGGUUACAGAGAUCCAAACAAUGCGACCCCUCCUCCUCCUCCUCCUCCCGUUUCCCAGCAACCUAUGAGAAAAGCCUCCGCCGCUAUGCCUUCUUCUUUCCGACCGAAAAGAAAACGCAGAAGCUGUUGCCGUUUCUGUUGCUGCUGCGUCUGCAUUUCUCUUGUCCUCUUCAUCUUCCUCCUCUUAGUCGGGACUGCUGUUUUCUACCUCUGGUUCGAUCCUAAGCUCCCUACUUUCAGCCUCGCCUCUUUCCGUCUCGACGGUUUCAAACUCGCCGACGAUCCCGACGGCGCCUCUCUCUCCGCUACAGCCGUUGCGCGUGUCGAGAUGAAGAAUCCCAACUCCAAACUCGUUUUCUACUACGGAAACACCGACGUCGAGAUGAGCGUUGGAACUGGGAACGACGAGACAGGGAUGGGAGCCACGACGGUCAAUGGGUUCCGACAAGGUCCCAAGAACUCGACGAGCGUCAAAGUGGAGACGACGGUGAAGAACCAGCUCGUGGAGAGAGCAUUGGCUAAGAGACUCGCUACCAAAUUUCAGAGCAAAGAUCUGGUGAUUAACGUUGUUGCCAAGACUAAAGUUGGAUUAGGUGUCGCCGGGGUUAAGAUCGGGAUGCUCGCCGUUAAUUUGAGAUGCGGCGGUGUUAGCUUGAACAAGCUCGAUACUGAUUCACCUAAGUGCAUCCUCAAUACACUCAAAUGGGUCAAUAUACAUGCAUGAAGAAGGAAAGGUUUCGGGGAUUUGGGAAAAGUUGGAAACUUGCAAUUUGCGGAGCCUAAAGUGGCGGCCUUCGAAGUUUUCACUAAUGGGCUCGUCGAGUAUUUGGCCCGUAAAGAUACAGUUGGAAGGCUUGUGCUAUUUUUGGGGCCUAAUCUGGUAAAUGUUACGUGGCUUCCGUGCAAUAAUCUGGUGAAAUUUUUAUUCAAUAACUUAAAAGUCAUGUUAUCAGGUUGUAUUUACAAACUUUUAGAUUCUGGUAUAUCAAAAUUAUGCUCUUGUGUUUACUAUA